AUGUAUUAUAUUAUUGCUGCUUCACUGAAAGCUUGUUAUUUCCCCUCGGUCUGGAAACGAGCCCUAGUGCUAGCUUUCCCUAAACCGGGCAAGGACCCUGCCUCUCCUAACUACAGGCCUAUCAGCCUCCUUAGCAUUCUUAGUAAAAUUUAUGAGGGAAUCAUAUAUUCGCAGAUAGAGCUCCAUGUUAAUACUAAUAACGUCAUAAUUAACGAACAGUUCGGGUUUAAGCCACAACACUCAACAGUGCUCCAGCUACUGAGAGUAUCUGAGUACUUCGAAUUAGAAAUAAAUAAAAACAGAAAUUCGGCAAUGAUUUUACUUGACAUUAAAAGGGCUUUUGAUUCGGUGUGGCAUAAGGGUUUACUGUACAAGCUGCAUCUACAGCAAUUGCCUGUCUAUCUGAUCAAAAUUGUUCGCGAUUAUCUGAGUGAUCGAUCCUUUGCAGUGAGUUUCCAGGGAGAGCUGUCCUCGUAUCUGACGGUUGCCGCCGGUAUCCCCCAGGGCUCUAGAUUGGGACCAUUAUUAUUUAAUGCCUUUGCUAACGACAUUCCAAGGACUACUACCACGCAGCUGGCGGUGUAUGCGGAUGACACGGCCGUCUUCACCUCCUCGUGGAGUCCGACGCUGUUAUCGCAUAGACUGCAGAGUCACGUAGAUACCAUAAUUCAAUACUUCUCUGAUUGGAAGAUGGCUAUCAACGCUGACAAAACUGAGGCAAUUUGCUUCACCCGCAAACAUUAG